AGAAAAUCAAAAAACCGCGACAAAACAGCACUCAACCGCCAACUGGGAGGAGGAAAAUCCGAAAAAAGAUUUUAUACUCCGAUUAUUCAUCAUUUGGAUACGUGAUGGCUGAUGUUUGGAAUCGUUCAUCGACUUCAUCGUUCAUCAGGAAGCGCCUUCGCGCAAGUCGCAAGUCGAAAAAGAAAAUCGAAAAAGAGGGAGGUCAUGAAUCGAGUGAAGCAAGUGUUCAUCAAGCGCAAUAUUCCUGUGAGAACAAUGCAGAGGCAACGAAAAGUGGCAUGCUACUCCCCUGUUAUAAGAGGCUCUUGAAGUUCGUCAACCGAAGAUAAUUGGACAAGAAGAAAAGCUAAAAGGAAAUAAUCUCUCUUAUCGCAAGUUCUCACUGAUCACCUACGGAUUAGGUCUUUUUACAAUCUUUUAAAAUUUUAUUGACUAUCUUUUACAUUUUUAUUAUUUAUUAUCAUUGUUAUUUUUAUAUUAAUAAACGAAUUUUUAAUAAUAACACGC